AUGGACACCAAAACUCCAGUCACUCUUGCUAAAGUCAUCAAGGUUCUUGGAAGAACCGGUUCUAGAGGUGGUGUCACCCAAGUCAGAGUCGAGUUCUUGGACGACACCUCCAGAACCAUUGUCAGAAACGUCAAGGGUCCAGUCAGAGAAAACGACAUCUUGUGCUUGAUGGAGUCUGAGAGAGAGGCUCGUCGUUUGAGAUAA